UAUUAUGUUUUGAUACAGUUGAUAAGGUUAUUUCGGCUGCUUGAAAAUUAGAAUUAAUGUGUAUAAUAUUUUAUACCUCAAAAUGGAUCUGUUUGUUACAAAAAAGUCGUUGGAAUUAGACGAAUACUCAAUUUUGCAAGGGUUAAAGAAAUAUUUUAAAUUCGACGAAUUUAAGUCGGACCUACAACGUAGAGCAGUGAUAGAAAUAUGCCAAAGAAAACGUGAUGUAUUUGUUUCCAUGCCCACGGGCUCAGGAAAAUCUUUAUGUUACCAGUUACCAGCCGUUUUACAUAGUGGCAAGAUUACCAUAAUAUUCUCUCCACUUCUGGCACUUAUAAAGGAUCAAGUUGAUCACCUGACGAAGUUAAAGAUACGUGCAGCUACCAUAAACUCUAAAAUCACAAAUUCCCAAAGAGAGGCUAUAAUAGCUGAUUUGAAAUCAACUUCUCCCAACAUUAGGAUUUUAUAUGUCACUCCUGAACAAGCAGCUACAGCCACCUUUAAGUCAUUAUAUGAGAACCUUUAUCGAUUCAAUAAAAUCGCCUAUCUUGUGGUGGACGAAGCGCACUGUGUAAGCGAGUGGGGCCAUGAUUUUAGACCUCAGUAUCAGAAAUUGGGAAACUUACGGGAAAAUGUACAUGUGCCUUGUAUAGCCUUAACUGCUACUGCCAAUGCAGAGGUAAUAAAAGACAUUAUAUCCAGUUUGAAAUUGGAAAAAGAUUACAAAACCUUCAAAACUUCCUGCUUUAGAGACAAUCUUUUCUAUGAUGUCUACUUCCCUAACAUGCUAGACGAUCCAUACAAGCAUCUACGGGAUUUUAUUAAUGAUUGCUUAAACUCUAAAGAAGAGGAAGAUCUCCCGCGUUCAAAAAAAUCUUGUGGAAUCAUCUACUGCCGAACUCGAGAACAGACUGAGCAACUGAUGGAAAAAUUAAAUAGGUUAGGAGUAAAAAGCUUGUGCUAUCAUGCGGGACUUAGAUCAGAAGAAAGAAGAAUAUUUCAGGAGAAAUGGCAAGAUGGAGAUGUGCCAGUUAUUUGCGCCACAAUCAGUUUCGGUAUGGGCGUCGACAAAGCUACAGUCAGAUUUGUCAUUCAUUGGGGAAGCCCUAAAGAACCUGCAUCGUUUUAUCAGGAGUCAGGCAGAGCUGGAAGGGAUGGUAAACCUUCCAGAUGUAGAGUGUACUAUAACAGAUCUGAUAGCAAGGCCAUCGAAUUUCAUUUAGCCCAAGAUUUGGGAAAAGCAGGUAGCAAAGAAAAUAAAAAGAAGCGCAUGGAACAAGCAGUGAAAGGUUUUAAGAAAAUACUGGAAUUUUGUGAAAAUCCGAAUGAAUGUCGUCACAAGCUCUUUACAGAUCAUUUUGGAGAACCUCCCCCCAAAUGUAGAGAUAAAUGCGAUUUCUGUAAGGACAAGAAGAGGGUUCAAGAGAUGGUAGAACAGUUCCUGACCAAAAGUAUUCAGUUCAGUACUAAACAAGCUACUUAUUCUGAGACUGACUUUACAGACAUGUAUGGAGAAGGACGACUUGGUCUUGCGAGGGAACAACGUGAGUACAAUGAUGCACAUGAUAGUGAUGAAGAAGAUAUGUCCUUUGAAAGGGAACAAGCAGCAAAAAAAGCUACUAACGAUUUUAUCCAAAAACAGUUUGCUUUGAGAAAAAACCCUCAGGAAAUAUCACAAGAGACAGUGGACAAACUAUUCUCUAAACAUUCUCGUGUCAAAGCUGCUGCGUCUACAUCAAACAAGGUCAAAGGCCUUACGUUAGUCGCCAGGGAACAGUAUGUGAAUAAGUUAUUGGAAGUUCUUUACGAAAAUUACACAAAAUGUCAAGAAUAUCAAGAAUUAGAUAAGAAAGAUGUAGAAGACUGUGCGGUAGACGUAGAAUACGAAGUUUUUUCAGCCAAUACUACUAUGAUGAUGUACAGAAAUUCUUUAGCUAAAAUGAUUUCCAGCAUCAAGAAGUUCACUGAGGAUGAAAUCGUGUAUGAAAAACUCUUGACUUUCGAGCCUAAAGCAGAAAAACAUGAAACUUUGUCUGAUCUAUUCAGAAACAUCACCAAGAAGCAGCAGUUAGGCAAAUUAGAAAGUUCAUCAACAAGUGAACCUACUAACAGUUUACCCACAUUUAAGACAGCUAGAGAAGCUCUCGAAGAAGUACAACAGGAACAGAAUAAUCUCCAAAAGAAACUAAGUGCUUCAUUCAAAACAGCUUCAGAAGUUUUAGCUGAAGAACGUGUAGUGAGAAGUGAACUAUUCGAAUCUGAUUUAGAAUCUAGAACAAACAUGGGUAGUGGUAAGAAGGAUUUAAAAUCCCUAUUUGGUGAUGAAUCGGAUGAGGAGAUGGACUUCAUUGCAGAGAAGAAUUAUACAAAAACUUCUGAAAAUAAAGAUGACAAGCAUGACAAAUCUCCAAAAUACAAACACAAGUCCAGCAGUAAAGAUAAAGACACAAAGGAUGACAGAAAAGCUCAUAAAUCUAAGAAAAGAAGUCAUAGUAGUGACCGUAAAGAAGACCAGAAAAGAUCAAAAGAAGACAGUAGUAGAAAUAGCAGCAAAACAAAAGAUCAAAAUUCUUCAAAUUUUCAUAUUACAGAACUAUUUGAAGAUGAAGAAAAACUAACACGAUAUGAUGAUUUGGAAACUUAUAGAAAUGCAGAUAAUCCUGAAGAAACAAGAAAGGACAUAUAUUUGAAGGAUACCGCACCAUUAGAAGACACAGCUACCACUGAAUCAGGAAGUUGGGAAGAUGAUGAAGAAUAUGCUCAACAAUCAGAUGUCAGUAAAGAUGAAACUAAAAACGAAGAAGAAAUUUUGUCCAGAAUUAAUGAAGCAUACAACUCUAACAAUAAAGUCGAAAUAAAGAAAUCUGAACCAGACACAUUGAAAAUUAUGCCUAGUGUGCAUGUGAAGAAUGACGCCAAUUCUAGAAAAGAGACUAUAAGCAAAUCUAGGAACAGUGAACCUCAUGACAAUAACAAAUCCAAUGAGCCAAGGAAUAACAUACACCAAAUGCCUCCAAAGCCCACCAAUCAUCAACAAAAACCCAUAGUGGAUCCGCUGAAAAAAGCCAAGUUAAAGAAAGUUGAAAUUGGUGGAUUAGUAGUAAAGUUAUUGACUCCGGCAUAUGCCGAAAGGAGAUUUGAAUCGAGGGAUAUUUUCAAGACUUUGGCUAGGAGUAUAUCACAUGCUUUAGCAGAUAAAGAUGAAAAUGAGAUCAAGGAGUACGUGAAGAGCUUUCUGGAGAAAAACGAAGAAAUCACAUCCAAAACUACCUUAUAACGUUUAUAAUCCUUCAAUACUUACACAUAAUAAGUAAUAUAUACACGUUAUUAACGACCAUCAAUGCCCUGUUUCAACCAAUAUCUUCUUUUUAUAACCAUUUGCUAAGUAAAUAAAUUGUACUCUUAAGUUUA